AGUUAUCCCAAUUCUACAGCUAAGGACGGGCUUCCAACAGAGUCACUGUGUCGAUUUAAGAAGGGUCAGAAACUCGGAUAGGCCUACCCUACUAGCACACAAUGAUAGCAACAGGUGAUUUGAAGGCAUCUUUGAGAAAACUUGAAGCCUGUCUGCGCAACCUGAAAUAUCCGGGGGAUGUCAACUAUCAAGGGUUGGCCCUCGGUGACCCCUCCUGCUUCCUGCCCAUCGUAAGCCAUGCUCUCAUCUCCUACUCGCCCUACGUGGCCGAACACAUCAUGGCCUUCUCAGUCGAGCUCAAUGGAGCCAGUAACCUGCGCUUUGUGGAGAGUGUGUAUAAGGUUUUGCGAGACCUCUUCAAUUACAAGCCCCAGUUGACCAAAGAGCAGUUUCUCCAGCUCCGCUUUGCUGACAAGAAGGUCAGGCUGGUGUGUGACAUCAUCAACUUUGCCAUUCAGAAGCACAAAGAGCUUUCUAAGUCUUCCAGUCUUCCCCCACGGAGGACAUGCUACCGGCCCUUCCCUCCUGGAAGUGGAGGCAGGGAUCUCUCCCCCUCCGAAAUCCACGAGUACACGCCUGCAGCCCCAGUGGUGCAGCAGAGCUGUCCGCUGGUGGAGAGACACGUGGCCAGUGCCACACCUGCCCUGUACAGCCUGUCAUCGGACGAACAGGAGCCUGCAGAAGAAGACGUGGGCAUUGAGGAGCAGGAGCAGGAGCAUAAGAAAGGACAGACUGAGGAACUGAUGGAGCCUACAGCAGUUGUGCCCGCGGCUGUGGUGGCGCGGCUGCAGGCCAUGGAGGCCCAGCUGCAGUGCUGCGAGCGGAGGCUGGGCCAGAUGGUAUUGCUGGAGGAUCGUCUGCAGAGCCUGGAGCGGUCCAUGGCGGGCAAGAUCGUGCUGGAGCAGAGCCAGUGGGAGAACCUGGAGAGCAGAGUGCUGCUGCUGGAGACCAAGCUCGCCCUCAGUGAAGCACAGAAGAGCCCGGUGACAAUGGAUAUUGACAAGAUCCCGAGCCUGGACAACCUCUCUGCCAAAAUCACUCCAGAGGAGGACGUGAGGAAAGGAUCCAAUUGGAAAUCGCCCAGCCCCCCUCAGUCCUUGUCCACCGGCACACGCUCUUCUUCUCAGUCUCCCCCUCAACAAGCCCAGGAAAAUAUGAAGGAUCGCCUAGAAAGAAUAGCUAACAUGAUGAAAGACACGUCAAGCCUUUUGCAAAGUGUUGAACCAUCAAUCUAGUUCAGUGGUUCCCAACCUAUGGGUUGGGACCCCCCUUAUGGGUCGCCAAAGAUCCACAGGGGGUCGCAGAGCCCUCUUGAUUUUAAGGGGUUUCGUUUUAAAUAUAUAUAGCCCAUGUUGAAUAAAAGACAAAGCAUUUAACUAAUAAAUGCAUAGACGCAACAAAUUGUAAGUGCUACAUUAGACAUUUAUUCUAUAUUUGACCAAAGACGAAUUGAGGAAUAAAAUAACUAAAAUACGUUUUCGCAGGAAACGGAGGGCAUCUUGUGACUCCGUCUCGUGCGGGCGCUCGCGUGGUUGGGUCACCAAAGCUUACAAUAGUAAAAACAUGGGUCCCUUAAGAAAAAGGUUGGGAACCACUGAUCUAGUUGGGCCAUUUGGACAUUUUUAAUUUGUACUUUAUCUGGGAUUGUGACCCUCCAAUUUGAUAAUAAGAAUGUGCUCAUGAUUUUUUUUCUCAUUUGAUUUGGUACGUUUUUUUCCCCAUAAUCAAGAAGUAUAGCUUUGUACACACAUUAGCUGAGGGAGGAGUUGGAAAUGGCCCUAACCAGAAAAAUAACUCCUGCAUGCUACUGUAUUUCCCUUUCAUUUUAUUUAAAACAUUUUGGUCUUAGUCUAAAAUGGCCAGUGUGUGUGUGGUAGUUGAGAGUUUUCCUCUUUAUAAAAAAGAAUGGCAGACUCAGGCUGGAUCUCAAAUGGCGCACUUGUGCACUUCGGGCACUAUGUUUCAGUGCGUAACUAAUACGGCAUACGCACUGAAACAUGAACACUAAAGUGCACAAGUGCGCCAUUUGAGAUUUAGCCUCACUCAAAGUUUGUUGCCCUGUUGGGUCAGAAACUACACCAUGCAUUGGCCUCUAGAGGUCAGCGUCAUCCCAUAGUCUGCAACAACAGGUCUCCCUGUUGCUUUUCCUGAUAUGAGGUGACAGGGUUUUGGUUUGUUUUGCAGCCGUGAGUGAAUGUAUUUAUUAAUAUAAUGAAAAUGGUUUGUUUGUGUUUCAUACACACAUACUGAUGAAAUAAAUGAUUAUUCAUAAAUGA